AUGUCAUUACAACUUGACGUUAAUGAACCACCACUUCACAAUGCUUCUGCUAAUCCAAUUCCUCUUAUGUCAUUUUAUGCUCCCCCAUGCUCAACUAAAUCUCAUCCUCAAUCACACCGUGGACCACCUCUUCAACGUAAACCACGUUUAUAUAGCACAGUCUGUAGUCAAGCACCACAAGCAAACACUAAUACAAGUCAACACGUCACCAAUCAUCGCUCUGAUAGAUCGUCAACAACCUUCAACACCAUCAACACAACAACAGGAACACGCGACAGUCUUCUCACCAAACCACGAUCAACCAUCUCCUGGAUUAUCAAGUGCUUUUAA